AUGUUCUACUCGCAGUACAUCCUCGCCAAGCGCGGCCCGCUGGGCACGAUCUGGAUCGCCGCGCACCUGGACAGGAGGCUGCGGAAGCAGCAGAUCACCGAGACGGACAUCGCGGAGGCAGUCCAGUCCAUCAUCAACCCCGACGCGCCCCUGGCGCUGCGCCUCUCCGGCCAGCUCAUGCUCGGCGUCGUCCGCAUCUACAGCCGCAAGGUCAACUACCUCUUCCAAGAUUGCUCCGAGGCGAUGGUGAGGAUCAAGUCCGCGUUUACCAAGGCUGACGCUGUGGACCUUCCGGAGGGGCAGGAGACGGCGCCGCUGGGGCUCAUCACCCUCCCGGAGAACUACGACGACCUCGAGGUCUUCUUCGACCCCGCGGCGGCGGCGUCGUUCGGCCACAUCGUCACCGAGGAGGGGUACAUGCAGAUGUCGACGUCGGUGUCCAAGGAGAGACGGGGCGCCGCCGACGCGUCCACGGCGAACAAGGAAGACAUCACCCUGGAUGACGACGAGUACGAGGAGUGGGAUAACAACUUCGCGUACGACGAUCGCAUAGACGGGGACUUCGACGCGACGAACGACCCGGGUUUCUCCGACGACGAGGACGGGGACGGGACGCGAUACGCGCCCGCUUCCGGAGGGUUCCGGACGCCCGGAACUGACUUCAACGACCCGAAGGUGACCGACCCGAACGCUCGCGUGGAACCCGAGAUUGAGGACUACGACGUGGUCGAUCCCGACGACGCGACGGGGAAAGAGGGAGUGCCGGUGUUCGACGAUACAGACGAGCGACUUCCGGGGGGCGACGGCGGCGAGGAGGUGGCGCCGCUGCCGCUGGAGGACGACCUGGAGGACGCGGACGGGGUGCGGGGCACGCUUCCGUCGGAACAGUUCAAGACGCCCGGAGCCGGAGGGGCGAAGGGUGCCGAAGGGGGUGCCGAAGGGGGUGCCGAAGGGGGUGCCGACGGCGAGGGCGGGCCGGGGACGCCGCCCGCGUCGGAGCCCACCACCACCCCGGGCAUCGUCGCGGUGGAGUGGGGCAAGGCGCAUCAGCGCAACAAAAACGUCGAGGGCAAGGCGCGGCGCGCCGCGGCUCCGCGUCGCAAGGCCAAGUCCAAGCCGAUCAUCGACGAGGUCACCAUGCUGACGAACGAACAGAUCAAGGCGCAACUCGCGGAUACCUCCGACAUCGUGUGCAAGCGAGGCCCGGGCGCGGUGUACAAGAUGGCGGAUCCCGGGCGCGACGACGACGUGCCCUUCGGUGCGCCGGAGUACGAGGACGAGAACGGGAAGAUGGUGAUGUACUGGCGGGAGGGGUCCGGCGGGCGCCGGUCGCGGCCGCCGCCGAAGAACCCGCACGAGGUGCACGGGAUCUUCUGGGGCACCGAGUACCGCGUCGAUCCCUUAUUCGGGGGAAGAAUCUCCGAGAAGCUCUGGAACAUCCGCCGAAAGUGCGUGGAACACCUGUGGAAAACCGCGGGCGAGAAGUGGGGCGCCGGAUACGCCGCGUUUCAGCUCGAUAAGCGCGGCCGGGGCAUGUCCAAGGUGCAGUGGGAGGACGGAGCCGUUCCCGAGGCUCGAAGGUUCAAGCCGCGACCCAGACCGACGGAUCGCGCCGAGGGCGCCGAGGGUGCCGAGGGUGCCGACGGCGCGGCGAUGUACGACGACAUACCUCCCCCGAUGAUGGACGACGGCGGUGGGUCCGAGUUUGGCGGCGGCGGCGGCGACGACGACGGCUACGAAUCGCGAGGCGCGCCGUCUGAGGGGAUCGGCGGCGGCGGCGGCUUGGCCUCCGAGCCGGCGACGCCCGCCAACGCGCCCAAGGGGGACGCCGACUGGUCGACGCACACCAAGCGAAUGCUCGCGCGACUGAGGCCCAAACUCUUGGAGAAGCCGAAGGGGAGGGGGAAGAGUAAGACGGCGCCGGUGGUGAAGAUGUCGGAGAUGACCAAGAUUCGCGGCGACGACAACGUCGAGAAGGAGUGCUCGAGGGCGGAGGCGGCUCGAUUGUUUUACCAGGUUCUGGUGCUCAAGACGCACGGCUUCGUGGAUGUGAACCAGCGGGAGUCAUACGGGGACGUCGACGUCACCGCGGGGCCGAAGAUCCGCGAGGACUCCGCGGAGCUCAGCGACAUGACCGAGUGA